UGCUUAUAUACUGCUGCAAACCAUAAUCUAUUUUUUUUUAACGUUUAACAAUGUCUACAGAAAACGAUGUGUUGUUGAACUUUUUGGAGAGGGAAAAGGAAAAUAGAUUUGAUUUUCCUGUAAUACUUAAAACCCAUCAUAGUAUGAAUGGCAAAUACGAUACACUUAGAAGAAACAUCCCGCUGAAUCGUUCCCAUUCCUACUAUCACAAGCGAGAUGCCAGACUAGUAAAUAAGAGAGGACGGAUCCAAGUGUACUUUAAAGGAAUUUCUAAUAAGUCAAUGUACUAUGCUAAAGAUCUUUGGAAUACCUUGGUAAACAUGCAAUGGCGAUGGCUUAUAUUAAUUGUAGCAGUUGUAAAUACUUUGGCAUAUUUUGUGUGUGCACUCUUGUUUUAUUUUGAUUCUUGGGUGAGUGGUGAUUCAGAAAUAAUCGAUGGACUAGGCAAUUCUACCAUUUGCAUUAUCGGUACCAAAAAUAUCGUUGAAUACUUCAUGUUAGGCAUUGAAACAAUCACUACCACAGGAUAUGGCUACUUACACCCAACCGAAUACUGUCAGCUUUUUAUUUUAGUGCUUACUUUUAGUACUCUUACCAGUAUAACCAUUGACGGUGCAUUUGUAUCAGUUGUAUAUGCAAAACUAAACAAGCCGAAGGAAAAUAAUAUUUAUGGACAAAUAUUUAGUAAAAAAGGAGUGAUUUCUCUUCGAAACAAUAAAUUAUGCCUUGUAAUAAAAAUAAACGACAGAGACGGAAGGCACUGGAUUCACACAGACAUACACAUAUACUUCGUAAGAGAAUUAAUUACAGAUGAAGGAGAUAUUACUCUCAAUUACUUUAUCGAGUUAGAUAUUCAACCAUUUGGUAUGCCUUUUUGGCCAAUAGAAAUAGUUCAUGUAAUUACAGCCUCUAGUCCUUUAUGGGAGAUAUCUGCUGAGGAACUAAUGACUACAAAAUUAGAAAUCAUACUCGUCAUAUCAGGCAGUUCAGUCAAAACUGGUCAGCCAACCAAGAGCCAAUGUUCCUAUCUAAACAAAGAAAUAAUGUGGGGAUGUCAAUUUGGCCGCUGUCUUGAAUAUGACCCCAAUAAACAAGAAUACUUAGUAAAUAAAAAGCUAUUUCAUCAAACAGUUCCACAAGAGGUACCACUUUGUAGUGCUAAAGUUCUGGAAGAUCUUAGAAGCAAAAAUUUGUUUAAAACUAAUAAUGUACAAAGCGUAUAAUAUCAAAAAUUAAUAAAAAUAUGCGUAAAUUGGA